AAUGUUUUUGUAAAUAUACUUGUCAAGAAGAUGGCAGCUUCCAGGCAGGCAUGAGAGGAAAUACUUCUGCAAAAAUCGAAUGAAUUUGGAUUAAUUUUGCAAGAAUAAAGAGCCUGCCAGUGCUUCUUUGACCACUGCACCAAAAUAAAGUCAUGUCUGUCCCUGGCUCCGCGGUGACUGGGACCCCGGCGUCGGUCCUGCAGCCGCGGUGGAAGCGGGUCCUAGGAUGGUCUGGCCCGGUCCCGCGUCCCAGACACGGACACCGAGCUGUAGCCAUCAAAGAACUUAUGGUUGUCUUUGGCGGCGGAAACGAGGGGAUAGUGGAUGAACUACACGUCUACAACACAGCUACAAAUCAGUGGUUCAUACCAGCAGUUCGUGGUGAUAUCCCCCCUGGUUGUGCUGCAUAUGGCUUUGUCUGUGAUGGUACUAGAUUACUAGUGUUUGGUGGUAUGGUCGAGUAUGGGAAGUACAGCAACGAUCUUUAUGAACUGCAGGCCAGCAGAUGGGAGUGGAAAAAGUUAAAAGCUAAAAAUCCGAAGAAUGGCCCCCCUCCCUGUCCUCGUCUUGGGCACAGUUUUUCUCUUGUGGGUAACAAGUGUUACCUUUUUGGCGGGCUUGCCAAUGACAGUGAGGAUCCAAAAAACAAUAUUCCAAGAUAUCUAAAUGAUUUGUACACAUUGGAACUUCGCCCUGGUUCCAGUGUGGUUGGAUGGGAUAUCCCGAUAACAUACGGUGUUCUGCCUCCUCCUCGUGAGAGCCACACAGCUGUUGUAUACACAGAAAAGACUAGCAGAAAAUCACGUUUAAUAAUCUAUGGAGGAAUGAGUGGUUGCCGCCUUGGAGAUCUUUGGACACUUGAUAUUGAUACACUGACAUGGAAUAAACCAUCCGUUAAUGGCACUGCGCCUCUGCCAAGAAGUCUUCACUCAGCAACUACUAUUACAAAUAAGAUGUAUGUUUUUGGAGGAUGGGUUCCUUUGGUAAUGGAUGAUGUUAAAGUAGCAACACAUGAAAAAGAGUGGAAGUGUACCAACACCCUGGCUUGUCUAAAUCUUGAUUCCAUGUGUUGGGAAACUGUGCUGAUGGACACCCUUGAGGAUAACAUCCCCAGAGCCCGUGCAGGUCAUUGUGCUGUUUCGAUCAAUUCGCGCCUUUAUGUUUGGAGUGGGCGUGAUGGCUAUCGUAAAGCAUGGAACAACCAAGUGUGUUGUAAAGACUUAUGGUACCUAGAGACUGAACGACCACAUGCUCCCGCCAGAGUUCAGUUGGUCCGUGCCAACACAAACUCACUGGAGGUGAGCUGGGGAGCAGUCUCUACCGCUGAUACAUAUUUGUUGCAGCUACAAAAGUAUGACAUCCCUGCCACUCCAGCUUCUCCUCUAGUCAGUGCAACUCCCUCCCAGCCUGUGAACUCUCCAAAGAGUCCUGUUACAGCUGCAGCAGCCCCCGCUGCUCAAAGCCUUACACAGACUGCUGUUUUAAAAGUAGCAGCUCAACAGUCUGCCACAGGAGCUUCAGUAGUCACAGUUCGCCCCAACCAGCCUGGAAAGUCCCCUGUGACAGUAACCGCUCUUCCACCAGGUGUAAGAAUGGUUGUUCCAGCCCAGACCACCCAAGGAUCUCCAAUUGGAAGUAGCCCACAAAUGAGUGGCAUGGCAGCUUUAGCAGCAGCUGCAGCAGCUACUCAGAAAAUUCCUCCCUCUUCAGCUGGUACUGUCCUCAACGUUCCAGCUGGUGCUACAAUACUGAAAACAGUGGCAGUUUCCCCUGGUACAACAACUGUCAAAGUUGCCUCUCCUGUGAUGGUGAGCAACCCAGCCACUCGAAUGCUUAAGACUGCUGCUGCUCAGGUUGGCACAGCAGCUGCAGCCUCUCCUACAACUACCAGACCUAUCAUUACUGUCCACAAGUCAGGUGCUGUUACAGUUGCCCAGCAGGCCCAGGUGGUCACUACUGUUGUUGGUGGAGUUACCAAGACUAUCACCUUAGUUAAGAGUCCUCUCACCAUGGGUGGCAGUGGAACUUUGAUCUCCAACCUUGGCAAGAUGAUGUCUGUGGUACAAACCAAGCCAGUGCAGACAUCAGCUGUCACAGGCCAGGCCUCCACUAACCCUCUCACACAGAUCAUACAGACAAAGGGUCCCCUUCCAGCUGGAACUAUCCUGAAACUGGUGACCUCAGCAGAUGGCAAGCCAACGACUAUCAUCACCACCUCACAGGCUGGAGGCACAGGAAACAAGCCUACAAUCCUCAACAUUAGUGGAGUCUCACCUACCACCACAAAGCAAGGCACCACCAUUAUUAAGACCAUCCCUAUGUCUGCCAUCAUGAGUCAGGCUGGGGCCACAGGUGUCACCAGUAGUACAAGUUUGAAAUCACCCAUUACAAUCCUUACAACAAAGGUGAUGACGACUGGAACACCUGGUAAAAUCAUUACUGCUGUUCCAAAAUUGGCUACUGCUGCUGGCCAACAAGGACUGACACAGGUGGUUUUAAAGGGUGCUCCUGGGCAACCAGGCACUAUUCUGCGCACUGUGCCCAUGAGCACCGUAGGGGGUGUUCGCCUUGUUACUCCAGUGACCGUGUCAUCAGUUAAACCCACUGUCACGACUCUGGUUGUUAAGGGGACUACAGGUGUCACUACUCUUGGUACAGUCACUGGUACAGUCUCCACCAGUCUGUCUGGAGGUUCUGUAGACUCCUCUACUGCAUCGUUGGUCACCCCUGUAACCACACUGGGGACCAUAGCCACCCUGUCCAGUCAGGUCAUUAAUCCAACUGCCAUUACUGUGUCAGCACCUCAGAUGAGCCUGACCUCUGCCUCCACUCUGCCCUCCUCUACAAUCACAGUGCAGAACCAGCCCACACAGGUAACUCUUAUCACUACUCCAAGUGGAGUUGAGGCUCAGCCUGUACAAGACCUCCCUGUAUCAAUCCUGGCCUCACCAACAUCAGAUCAACCUAGUUCUACAGAAGCAAGUGCAUCUGGAGAUGCGUCUGGGACAGUCACCCUGGUGUGUUCUAACCCACCCUGCGAGACGCAUGAAACGGGAACCACCAACACUGCCACAACAGCCUCUGCAAAUAUGUCAGCACCACGUGUGUGCUCCAACCCACCAUGUGAAACUCAUGAAACUGGCACAACAAACACAACUACCACAGCCUCUGCCAAUAUGGGAGGGGUUCAGAAAGUGUGUUCAAACCCUCCAUGUGAGACUCAUGUAACCGGCACCACAAACACACCCACCCAGGCCUCGUCCAAUAUGAGCGCUGGCCCAGCAGCAACUGUUCAGAGGGUGUGCUCCAACCCGCCCUGUGAAACGCAUGAGACUGGGACCACCAACACCCCGUCCACUGCCACCUCUAGUAUGGGAGCUGACCAGACGAGUACAGCAUCAGGCUUGGCUCAGAGGGUGUGCUCCAACCCGCCCUGUGAAACGCAUGAGACUGGGACCACCAACACCCCGUCCACUGCCACCUCUAGUAUGGGAGCUGACCAGACGAGUACAGCAUCAGGCUUGGCUCAGAGGGUGUGCUCCAACCCGCCCUGUGAAACGCAUGAGACUGGGACCACCAACACCCCGUCCACUGCCACCUCUAGUAUGGGAGCUGACCAGACGAGUACAGCAUCAGGCUUGGCUCAGAGGGUGUGCUCCAAUCCGCCCUGUGAAACUCAUGAGACAGGGACCACCAACACCGCCACCACAGCUACGUGCAGUAUGGAGACGGCUGACGGCACAGCCCAACAAACGGAAGAAGGAACCGAAGUUACUGCCAGCACAGAGGAAGCCACCGCCACAGCAGCCACUGGCCUUGUGAGCACCACCCAGGGCCGAGCAGUUACUACUGUAACCCAGUCUACUCCUGCUCCGGGACCUGCUGUACCAUCGAUCUCUUCGAUCACGGAAAGUGCAAACGCAGCUUCCAGCUCCACUGAGGAACCCAUGCAAACUGAAGACACGUCAACUGGAAUUGCCUCUGCAGAGGAAGGAGCCACAGCCAUGGAGACACAGGGAGAAGCAGGUGCAUCCACUGCUCUGAACCUUCCUUCAGAGCUGAUGUCUGAGGGUCAGGGAGCAACAUCACUCAUGGUGACUGGGCUGUCGGACGAGGAGCUGGCUGUUACCGCUGCAGCUGAAGCUGCUGCUCAGGCAGCAGCCACUGAAGAGGCUCAAGCACUAGCCAUUCAGGCAGUCCUCCAGGCUGCUCAGCAGGCAGUCAUGAAUGAGGGGGACUCUGCUGGAGAGGGCCAGCAAACCACCAAUAUCCCAAUAAUGCUGACACAGCAGGAGCUGGCAGCACUGGUCCAGCAACAGCAACAGCUCCAGGAGGCUCAGGCAGCUGCUCAGCAGAGUGCUGUGGACACAAGUAUGCCCACUGAAGGACUAGCCCCCGCUGACAGCCUCAAUGACCCCUCAGUUGAAAGCAAUGGUCAUAAUGAAAUGGCAGCAGCAGUCACAAGUGCAGUAGCAUCUUUACUCCCACAUACUGCUUCAGACACAUUAGCCCCAUCAAGCACAUUUGCAGGUUCUGUUUCAGUAGCUAGUCCUGCCAAGCUGCAAGCAGCAGCGGCCUUAGCAGAAGUAGCAAAUGGUCUAGAAGGAGAAAAACAAGCUCCUCAACCAGCCCCAGUGAAGCCUGUUGUAAAGAAGGAGAAUCAGUGGUUUGAUGUUGGAAUAGUAAAAGUGACUAAUAUGGUUGUCACCCACUACUAUGUGCCAUCGGAUGACUCUCUUGGAGAUGAUGACUCUGGUGUAAUGCCAGACUAUAGCCAAAUGAAGAAAAUGGAGCUCCAGCCUGGAACAGCAUAUAAAUUUAGGGUAGCAGGAAUAAAUGCUUGUGGGCGUGGCUCUUUCUCUGAGAUAUCUGCUUUCAAGACCUGCCUGCCUGGCUUCCCCGGAGCACCUUGUGCCAUCAAAAUCAGCAAGAGCCCUGAUGGAGCCCACCUAACGUGGGAGCCACCUUCUGUCACCUCUGGAAAGAUUAUUGAAUAUUCAGUUUACCUGGCCAUUCAGAGCAGCCAGACAACGGAGGCCAAAGCUUCUACCCCAGCCCAACUGGCCUUUAUGCGUGUUUAUUGUGGGCCCAGUCCCUCCUGUCUGGUGCAGUCCUCCAGCCUCUCCAACGCUCACAUCGACUACACAACCAAGCCAGCUAUCAUCUUUCGUAUUGCGGCCCGCAAUGAGAAGGGCUAUGGUCCUGCUACUCAAGUUCGAUGGCUACAAGAAUCUGGCAAAGAUGUUUCAUCAGCAAAACCGGCACCCAAAAGACCAGGAACAUCUCCUGAUGGUAAGACCGCUGGUCCAAAGAAAGCUAGGACAGAUCAGUGACUUGGCAAAUAAGACCUGUCCCGGUCUUAAGUCCCUUCUUUCCUUUUCUUUUUUUUUUUACCGAAGAGGACACCGCCCCUCUCACCAUACAAUCCGUAUUGUUCAUCCUCGUGUCUCAGAUCAAGAACGCAAUGAAGACAAAUCUAUGAAGCCAAGACAAAAGUCAAUCUGAGUUUUUUCCCUGUAGAUACUCCCUUCUUCCUGGUUCUGUUGGUUGUACUAAUUUUAGAAAUGCAAACUAGAAGCACAUUACCCUGUCUUUUUUUUUUUUUUUUUUUUUUUUUUUAAUCUCCACCUGUUUUAGUAGUCAGGCUUUAUAGAGAAAAAAAGAACAUUUACAUUUUUCACAAACUGGGAACCAGCCACAGUGUGACUUUUACCUUUUUUUGUGAAUCCCUGGGAGAUGUAGAAAGAGACUACAUGAAAUGAUGUACAGUGUUGAGAAAAUGCUGUUGAGGCAUUAGUGAAUGAAAGGAAAAAAAAUAUGGAAACAAAGCACUUGUCCUUAAUGAAAAGGACAUCAUUAUUUUCCUUUAAUUUUUUUUUUUUUUUUUUUUUUGCUUGAAGAAAUUUUGCUCCAUAAAGAAACAAGUUUGUACAGCCAUCGUUCUGGACUCCAGUCUCCUGGCUUUGUCAUCACUGUGCACUGUCCCCAAGAUGAGGACUGGUGGUUGGACAUGAAAAGAAUGACAAAGGAGAUUUGUAGAGGAUAAAUGAAUACCUUUGCUAGGACUGAGACUUGCUGCACACAAAUACCUUGCAAAAUCUUCCCAAAAAAAUUAGCAAUGAUGCAGAAGAUUUUUUGUGUAGUUUAUUUUUGUAUUUUUUAAGCAUUUCCCUCCUGUUGCUAUGUGUGUGUGUGCAUUUUUAAGAAAAACAUCUUUUUUAAACAGUACAUCCCCAUAGGUUGUCUUUGAGGAAAUUCCCGUGGCAGAGUUCUGAAAGCCACUGUAUUUUUAAUGCUUAAGUUAGUUGUAUGUUCUUGUUACCACAGCAGUUAAAGAGAGACACAUUUGUACAUGUUCUAAGCAGGAGUGUAGAAAUUAUAGGAGUGAAGGGAACCUUUGAAGUGGACCCAAUGAGAGAAAAGCUUGUGUGUGUGUGUGUUUUUUUUUUUUUUAUAUAUAUAUAUUGUUUACUACAUCUUACCCAAUGUUUGUACUGCUUUGCCAAACAGCAACCUGAGCUGGGUAUUAUUAUUAAACAUCUGACUUCCAUACCUAUCCUUAAGAAAAUGUAUCUCAAUCAGUUGUUUUGUGCUUUUUAUGCUCAUUAAUAUAUAUCACUUCUUUAUAAGUAAAUUCCCCAUUCCUCCACUGUUUGAAACCAUUCAAUAAAUUGUUAUGUUUUCUUCGUGACUUUGUAUUUCGGACAACAGGUGUGCACGCAACUGACAUGACAAUAGGGCGUCCUCUAAUGUUCUCUGGAAAAAAGCUUGCGUAGCUGGAGUGUACACUCUUGUAAAAUAUUCUUGCUCAAGCAAGGAACUAACUAACCGCCACAGGAGAAAAUUUUGGUCUUUUAUAUAAUUAUCUGUAACAAACUGUUUUUACAUGUUGGUCAUCUCAAUUGCCUUUUGUGUCAUUACUUAUAAAUGAAACAUAUAUAUAAAUAUACAGUAUAUAUAAAAUAUAUAAUGUCCCUGAUCUGUUCUAAUAUACUUCUGUUGGGGGAAUUCAUUCUAGGACUUUGAAUAAUUUUGUGCACAAACAACUUGUACAGGAAGGAUUUUGAAUGGACUCUACUGUAAAUGUUUGUAUGGGCCAAUUUAGUUGUGAUGGUAACCACCAGACUAUGAGUCUUUUUUGAGGCUUGCACUUGGGGUUUAUAUGUGGUUUCUCCUGAUUUCUCUUUCUAGAAAUGAGCUUUCCUUUCAUAUGCAUUCAUAAUUUUGUGCGUGUCAGUGUGUCUGUUGAACAAAACUAGACAUGCAUGCAAAAAGCAGUGUAUUUCAGUAGUAAUGCCUUAAUUUAGAUAAGAUCUCAAGGUUCUCAAAAGUAUAAAAAAAAAUGAGUUUGUUCCUCUCCAUGUGGUAUACAAUGGUGUCCUUUCCUUCCACAGUACCUUUGCUGGGUCACUUUUUGCGCCUUGGUUAGAUGGUCAUCUUUAAAGGUGUGGAGAUCUGAGCCCAUGUUUGGAUGGGUGAGUCUUCAGCACUGACAGUUGUUGCCAGUUUCUCUUGGCUGUUUGCAGGUUAUCUGGAAAUGUCCUGUAUUUUCCAAUGUGUGUUUUUUGUACUGUAGGGAGUAAUGUAUCUUUUAUCAUCAAAAAUAAACAUGUUCAACAAAAUAA